AUACCCAAAUCAGCUUCACUUUGGGACACGAUGAAUCAAGGGAGCAGGUACUGCACUGACCCAACCCAUGUGGCCGGUUGACCUCGCAGGAUGAGGUAUGAAUAUUGCAACUGCCCUGUUUUCCAGGAUAAGCCAGGUACGAGCUUGUGCUUGUCGCAGUCCUAUAAAAGACGCGUGAGUUAACGUCAGAUGUCUUUUAUGCUCCAGUAAGACAUGUAUGUUAUGUGCUAUCUGCCGGCUAUCUUUUUGGUGGCCGGUUUCCGGCACGGGUCAAUUCGACAUCCCUCAAACGCAGCGUGUGGUCAAAAUCCCCAGCAGAAUCCAGUGGCCCGGUCCAUUGUCAGCAUGGUUAUUAUCCCAGCCAAACAGGUGCCAACAGCGUUCUCGCUCUGCAACGGGGCACUUCUGCACAUCAACGAAAAGACAGUAUGCCACGCAUUCCUAUGGUGUGGGUUGACAAGGCUCAAUGAACAGUGCAGUUGUGGAGGGCGAGAACUGGGAAGCGCACUAAGGUCAUGGAGAUGCAUCAUGCAGGGCAGCCGGCGACAGCUUAUCGUCCAACGCAUGAGGACAUCGCAGCACAGACAGUCAUGUCAAUCGCCGUCUAUCAUUCACCUAAGGGGCCCGCUGUAUGGACAACACCAUCAUCACCCAUGAAACAGCCAUCCGAGCCUGGUUCGGCAAGCAGCGGGAUUGACUCCUCCUGUAGCCUGAUGAGGGUUGCGUGUAUGUACGGAUGCUGCUCUCCGUGGCUGGGCAGCAUCACGUCGUCACAGGACACGGGGCGUCAAUCUUCUGUAGGCUAUUCUUUACAAGUGUUGCGCAAAUGCUGAGGCGCAAGGCAGUUCUCUCGCUCCAAGCAC